UUGGUGUUCUCCAUAUACGAUAUCGUUACUUCCACAUAAGCCCGUUUCAAUGAAGUACACAUAUCUCCCAAAAUGAUUCGAGUUUUAUCAGUUUCGAUUUUAUUGUUGGUCUCAUGCGUUUUUUCCGGCACCAAUUGUCAAGCGGUUGGUAGAGUGAAACGGUCCGACAUUGAUUUGCAAACGUGCAUCGACAACUUCAAUGUACACAAGGACAAGAUAAUUAGGACACAGGAUUCCCAAAAUAUGGGCGCGAAAUAUUUAAACGAAAUCGAUCUCGGAUCCAGGGAGGAAUGCCUCCGAUUAUGCUGCGAGACGGAAGAUUGCGACGUGUUCGUUUUUGAAGAAAAGAAUUCCGGCAGCUGUUACCUGUUUCAUUGUGGACCGCCUGAGGAUUUCAAGUGCAAGUUCACGCACCACGUCAACUAUUCGAGCGCGGUGUUGUCCAUCAAUCGGCACCUGCCCGACCUCGAGAGUCAAAUUAAGUUAACCAAGCACGAACAAGACUUAACCAAGCUCAGAAAACCAGAAGGUGAGAGCGACAUUUUAAGAAUGGUGCCAGUCGUUCCUGAAAUGCCAAAAAUCACUUCUACCUCUACUAUGACGCCUGCGAUAACGAAAGAGAUUAUACCGAUGUUGACGAAAGUCGAAAAGCACGAUGAAGAACGAAAAUGCAGCCGAAACCAGUUCGAAUGUCGUUCGACUGGCGAAUGCAUUGCCAUCUACAACGCCUGCGACGGUAUACCUCAGUGUGCCGACGCUAGCGACGAAGCCAUAGAGCUAGGUUGUCCCGCCAUGGAAGCCGUAGCCGCCCCGACUCCGGCUACCACGCCUCCAAGGAAGACGGUGGCACCACUUAUGCAGCAACAGGGGCAGACUCACAGAGAAACGCAACAAGUGCAGGCAGGUUACGCAAGUGGAAACGCUGACAUUUCCCAGCCAAAAUCUAACCCCCAAAACACCGGUCGGAUACACUCGGUUUACCAAGGACCACAGCAGAUUCCUCAGAAUCAGGAAAUUGCUCAAAUAUUGCAGGGACAAGUACAACUUCCCUCCGAAGCGGACUUCCUCCGCCCGAUGGUGGCCGAUUCAUUAAACGGUGGGAGAGGUCAAUACGCACCCGUACAGUCUAUACAACCCUACUUAAUGGUGCAAGGGCAAACGGGUUGGAUACCCAGACAGCCACAGAUGGGGUCACCUGUUGUGCAGCAGAUGCAGGUGCCGUUGUAUCCAGAAAAAAAUAAUCGUCUCUUCGAGCAUAAAGACACUGGGAUUCAAGUACCAGAAGUUCGAGAGAUGACGCAGUUACAGUAUCCGGAAGCAAUAAACAGAGAUUACACAAAAUUGUCGAAUUAUUAUGGAGAAAAUUAUAGGCAGCCAAUUCAACAAGAUAACUGGCCGAUAGAAAAUCCUAGGUAUCCCAAUCACCCAAGCUACUCGGAUAAUAGCGAACUAGCACCAUCUGAAAAAAUCGGCGUAAAUCCUCUGCCUCCUUAUAAGGCCCCGGUUACUAUAGUUCAAGAAAAAUCCAAAGAUAAACUAUUGGAGACAGGUCCAAAUACUCAGCUUGUCGAAGAGCAGCUAGCGCACGACUUGAUGCAUUCCAAAGAUAAAGAUAACAUGGAACGAGCGACCAGUGUAUCAAAACUACCAAAGUCAAAGUCCAAAUCAGACAUUCCACAGCACCACCACGAACAGUUCCCCGACGUCAUUUCGGUCAAGUUGGCGGACACGGAGGACACUGAAGACGGAGCGUCCUACAUCCCAAAAGGCGCCAUUUUGUCACUAACUUUAGGUCUCAUAAUUACUUCGGUAAUGGCAGUACUAAUCGGUUGUCGCCUGAGGGUUGUGCGCAGAAGAAUGAAAAGAGGGGGAAAGUCAUACGCCCACGACGCCGACUUUUUGGUAAACGGGAUGUACUUAUAAGAGACGAGUUUCAACAUCCUAUGAAUUUGAUUCUUUUUAAAUUAAGUCCAAGAAUGAUGGCCGACAGCUAAGUAAAUAUUGUCGAAAUUGUUUGGGCAGUAUAACUAUUUCAAACAAACUAGUACGGAAAUUCUUAUCGCAGAAUCCUUAACAUUACUUAAAAAACAGAUGUCCCAGUAAGUCAGAAAUUUUUAUAUAUCACAAGUUGCCCAUUACAGUUACAGGUAUUAUUUGGAUAUCGAGAUGUAACUAGAAACUUUUUAAAUGUUUUUACGCAAGACAUUUCAAAAAGACAGGUCAGGUACACUUAUAAUUGUGUAAUGACAAGAUCAUAUAAAAGACACAGAAAUUGUAGAUAUUAAUUUUAAGAACAUAUUUUGUCAAAAAUUUUGUACUUAUUUACAACGAGGGUGCUUAUUAAUAUUUACAAAUUACGAUGUUUCUUCCAAUUGGAAAUCAGCUAAUUAGAUUUUUUAAGAAUCUGCUUUUAUUAGCUGCCUUAAGGAAAUAUCUACCUACUCAAAUGUACUCCAUUUGUGCUUCUUAAAUUAUUUUGUGCGUUUUGUAACCCGCACAUUUAUGUCCGUCAUAUUUCAGAUUUUGUAUCAUUGUUCCAUCAUCCUGCCACUUUUCUGUUACAAUGUAGCUUGAAAUUAAUUUUCAAUCAUAGUAAACUAUUUCCCUGUAAAUAAAAUCGAAAUAUUUGGGUGAUAAAAUGAAUAACUGUAAAUUUAAAUUGAAGUUAAUUUAGGAAUAAAUAUUAAAAAACUUA